CCAUGCGCAAAAUUGCCGAGUGCACCUCGCACGAGCAAGCACGCGUGGCUCAGGGUCGCGUCUUUGACAGUUCUCAGUCAUAGCAAACACACUGCGGUCGGCUUCGGGCGCGGCACGCAUCAGUGCCACAGCACAAGGUCCUCCAAGAGACUGUGUGCAACAAAGCGACAGCGCGACGCCAGACGCCGUCGACACGUUCCUACAAAAGAUGACGCUGCUCGACCACGCGAGAGCCCAAGAGCGCGGCGCCGCACAAGAGGCCCACGAAAAGGACGCGAAGCAGGGCCUGCUCGUCCAGCCGAAGCCGCCCGCCCCGGCCCCGAUGAAAGUCACCUUCGCCGCGGCCCUGCCGCCCUUCUACCGCGACACCGUGGCUGCGUGGCUCAGGGACGACUGCCCGUCGCUGGACGUAGGCGGGCUGGUCGUCGGUGAUGCGGAGACGACUGCAACACUCUGGUGCAAGUCCAGCGGUGUCCUGGCGGGGCGGCCCUUCUUCGACGCUACUUUCGAGGAAUUAGGAUGUCGCGUCGCUUGGAAGGUCGAGGAGGGCACGUUGCUGGAUGUAUCGAAAGGUAAGGUUGCGGUGGCGACGGUGACGGGCCCGGCGCGAAGAUUACUGCUAGGCGAGCGCACAGCAUUGAACGCCCUGAGCCGCGCGUCGGGCGUCGCGUCGGCGGCCCGCCGGUGCGUCGAGGUGGCGCGUUCUUGCGGCUGGGCCGGCCACGUCGCCGGCACGCGGAAGACGACGCCGGGCUUUCGCAUCGUCGAGAAGUACGCGCUGUUGGUGGGCGGCGCCGCGACGCACCGCCUGGACCUGUCGCAGAUGGUCAUGCUCAAGGAUAAUCAUGUCUGGCAGGCCGGCUCCAUCACGAAAGCCGUGCAGACGGCUAAAACAGCUGCGGGUUUUUCGGCGAAGAUCGAGGUCGAAGCGAGAGAUUUAAAGGAGGCUUUGGAAGCUGCGCGAGCAGGUGCGGACAUCGUCAUGCUCGACAACUUCACGCCGUCUUCGUUGAAGGCCGCGGCGCGGAGUCUGAAGGCGGCGUUUCCUUCGGUCUUGGUCGAGGCGUCCGGCGGUAUUACCUUGAAAACGAUGGCCCAGUAUUUAUCGGAGGACGUCGACGUCGUCUCGCAGGGCGCGCUGACGCAGGGCUACGCGUGCGUCGACUUCAGCCUGAAGCUGCCGAAGCCGGCGGGGGCGACGUGUAACGUAUGAGUAGGACCAUGCCCCAC